AUGCGAAGCGAUAUAGAGUCACAUGAAAAGCAAUGUAAAUCAUGUAAGGAAAAUAAAGCGCUUGGGAAAAUCAACCGUUCUUCAAUGCAGAUCACCAGUACAUCUACAGAAUCAUGCCAAAGAAUAUCCUUGGACAUCGUCGGCCCACUUCCCGAAGCCGGACCAGAAAAAUUACGUUUUAUUCUCACAAUACAAGACGAUCUCACUAAGUUUUCCUGUGCAUAUCCCAUCCGGAGUACCACUGCUGAAGAAACUAGCGAAUGUUUACUGCAUUAUAUAUCAAUCUUUGGCACUCCUAAGAUGAUCUUUACCGACCAAGGGACUAAUUUUAUUUCAGACCUAUUUAGAAAAACAUGUGAAUUCCUUAAAAUAAAAAAUUUAUGGUAUUUACCAUAA